GCCUAAAUAAGGCAAUCCUGCAAAAGUGUAAUCUUCAUUCACCUUAUAGUGCAGUGUCGGGUUUUAUUGUUUUCUAAAGUUCGAGGAUUAUUCUAAUAUAUCAAUUUAAUGGCUUUGAUAGCACAAAUAAAUGCACCUGAAGAAGGGUUAGUCUAUACGGCUAAUAAUACAAAGUUGAAAAUUGGGGAGCAGCUUAUUGGAAAAGGAACUCUAUACAUAAGUCAAAAUUUUUUAGGUUGGCAAGGAGAAGGUAUGAACGAGGGAAUCUCUUUACUAUGGAAACAAAUUAGCAUACAUGGUAUAUCAGCAAAUCCGUGUAAAUGCAUAUAUUUUAUGCUAGACCACAAUCUUGAGUGGCGCGGUGUGUAUGAUAAAACAACGCGAGCGCCUGAAAAUAAUCAUAACGGCAAUGCUGAAGGAGUUGAUGACGGUGUCCCAAUGGAGCAACGGCUGGAUAAUGAAAAUGAUGAGAUAGACGAGGGCAACGCUACUGACGACGAAGACGAAAGAAAUGAUGAACAGUUAACAGAAUGCUGGCUUAUUCCCGACGAUGCAAACACUGUUGACAUCAUGUUUCAGGCUAUGACCGAGUGUCAAGCACUCCAUCCUGAUUCAGCAGACAGUAUUUCGGAGGAAAGUGAUUUUAUGGAUGAUGAAGAUGGCGAGAGCUUUGAUAACGGCCUUGGUCCAGCUGGAAACAGUGGUAGGGACUACGCCGAAGACGCUCAAGGUGGAAUGCGAAACUUAAAUCUAAACGAUGAUGAACGCUUUGCCGAUGCAGAUGAGUAGUCAUUUAAAAUUAAAAUAAAAUAAACAAUAACUCCA